UGCAUUGUGGGAGGUUUCAAAUAGGUGUUUUCCGCCGCUGCAUGCCGAGGUCGAGGAAGCUGAGAGUGUGCGUGUGAGUCUUUUCAUCUCAACCUUUCUGUCGCCGUCAAUACCUGCAGCCGAGCCCUAACGUUAAGGCACACACCUGUGGUAGCCGGAGGACAGGAGACUGCGGUCCAUGACAUGGCGCACAAUGACCUGAUGAGCAUCGCGGAGGACGUGGCGGACCAGUUUCUGCGGGGGACCAAGAAGUACCUGCCGCACGUGGCGAGGUUGUGCCUGAUCAGCACGUUCCUGGAGGACGGGCUGCGCAUGUGGCUGCAGUGGCGGGAGCAGAAGGACUACAUCGAGUCCUCUUGGGGCUGCGGAGCCUUCCUCGCCUCCCUCUUCGUCAUCCUCAACCUGCUCGGACAGCUCAGUGGCUGUGUUCUGAUCCUCAGUAGGAAUUUUGUGGAGUAUGCCUGCUUCGGCCUCUUCGGCAUCAUCGGUCUUCAGACCAUUGCCUACAGCAUACUCUGGGACCCCAAGUUUCUGAUGAGGAACUUGGCGCUGGGCGGCGGUCUGCUGCUGCUGCUGGCGGAGUGUCGUGUGGAGGGCCGGCCGGUGUUCAGCGGGGUGCCGCGCCUCAACGAGCCCUCCCCCAAACAGUACAUGCAGCUGGGGGGCCGCGUGCUGCUCGUGCUCAUGUUCAUGACCCUGCUGCACUUCGACGCCAACUUCUUCUCCAUCCUCCAGAACCUGGUGGGCACGGCCCUGAUCGUGCUGGUGGCGAUCGGCUUCAAGACCAAGCUGGCGGCCCUCACGCUGGUGCUGUGGCUGCUCUUCAUCAACGUCUCCUUCAACGCCUUCUGGAACAUCCCCUCCUACAAGCCCAUGCACGACUUCCUCAAGUACGACUUCUUCCAGACCACCUCGGUCAUCGGCGGCCUGCUGCUGGUGGUGGCACGCGGCCCCGGCGGCGUCUCCAUGGACGAGAAGAAGAAGGAGUGGUGAGCUGAGCUGAGGUGAGGUGAGGUGAGCUGGACGGCUUGAGUUGAGGGGAGUGGGAUGUAGGUGCUACCAGGAUCGCCGACCGCUUUUGGCUGGGCCUGGGACAAAGCCAUCUGAAAGGGCUACCCAGCUGAGGCAUAUAAUGUGUUAAUGGGGAGCCAAUUCUGGGCCUCCUUUCUCUCCCUCCUUGGUCCCGGGACAACCGACCGCUUUGUCCCCUCGUCCUCAGCUUCCCUGGGUGCAACUACUACCGUCCGCCACUCAUCUUUUUGAUGCCACGACAGCACACACCGCUAUCUCUCCUUGCCCUACCCUACCAUGUCCUCCUCUGCAGGGUAGGGUUGCCAUGAUCCCAAAACCCAUUACCACAAUGAGGACUGCUCAACAUGGUUGUCAAGACAACCCUCCCUGUCCACAGUGUAUGUCGUCUCUCCCCCCCCCCCUCAGGUUCGGGUCGACAUGGCCUCACAAACACCCGGACAACAGUAAUUACAACACCCGGACAACAAUAAUUAUUACCUUAGUUGCUAUGACACCAGACCUUCUCCCUCCAUCCCACGGAGGCAUGGUCGCCAUGACUGCAAACACUAAUGUCAUCUGAUGACAUCCCAAUUCUCAGUUCCACCUCCUAAUAUCAUGCCAGUCAUCCAGACCUGGUGGAAUCCACAUCAGCGAUCCAACUGUCCCACCUGGCCAUCCCUCUUUGCAACAGUCCCUUAGGCACUAAACGGAAGAAAUCAUAUUCAGUACAGUAUAUAUUUAUUUACUCAUCCAUAAAUGUAAGUUGUUACUGAAUUAAAGGUCCUGUUACUUUG